CUGUGCAAACCAACAUCGGCCACGCCGCAAGUAAGCGGUGUUCUUCCUCGUAGAAGCCCUCAGCAACACCCAGGACUCGAGGAUGGCGCAGCAACCUGUAACCGUGCACGACUUGUAUGGUUUCCCCAUUAAGGUGCUGCCGUCUCAAGAGGACGAGCGCCGCAGCUGCGAUGUUAACGCGGAGCGCGAGGUUCCGCUCUGGCAGCAUUACAUCGAGAAGGACAAGCUGCCCAGCAAUGAGACCAAGCUGAAGGAGAUGAUCCGCAAGGGUGUGCCGCCAACUCUGCGCAACUGGGUGUGGAUGGAGACUAGCGGCGCCAACAAGAAGAAGGCGGGGCACGCAGCCAACUACUACAGUAUUAUGGUGAAGGCCGGCGAGGAGUCGCAGUACAAGAAGGACAUCGAGACGGACUCCACCCACACCUUCCCCGACCACCCGUGGCUGUCCAGUCCAGACGGCCGCGCCGCGCUGUGCCGCGUGCUGCAGGCCUACAGCGUGCACAACGAGCGCGUGGGCUACGUGCGCGCCAUGAAUACCAUUGUGGGUCUGAUGCUGGUGGCGCUCAACCGCAACGAGGAGGCGGCGUUCUGGCUGCUGGCGGCGCUGGUCGAGGACAUUCUGUACCCGGGCACCUACAGCCGCAACCUGGAGGGGUGCCAGAUUGAGAUGCGCGCGCUGGACGAGCUGAUCGGCACCAAGCUCCCGCGGCUGCAGCAGCACUUCCAGGCCAUCGACUUCGACAUCUCCAUGCUCGCCACCGACUGGUACCUGUGCCUCUUCUCCGUGUCGCUGCCGUCCGAGACGGUGAUGCGGACCUGGGACUCGCUGUUCUAUGAGGGCCCCAAGAUCCUGUUCCGCGUGGCGCUGGCCAUGCUGAAGAUCUACGAGGACAACAUGCUGCGUGUGGGCGAUGCCGGCGAGCUGCUCAUGCGCAUGCGCAACGCCGCAGCCACCAUGCACCAGCGCGACGUACUGAUGGCCACGGCGUUCGACCACAUUGGCUCGCUGCCCAUGGCCACCAUCGACAAGUUCCGGGAGAUGAAGCAGCGCGAGGUGGAGGAGAUGCUGGCGGGCCGCGGCAUCCGCGCGGACGUGUCGGGCGGCGGAGCGUCGAGCGGCGGUGCGGCGCCGAGCGUGGAGAAGGUCAAGCAGGGCCUGGGCAAGUUCAUGGCGGGCAUGACGAAGAUGGCGGAGAAGGUGGCGGACAAGACCGCCGAGCAGCUAGCCAAGAUGAACACACGCGACGACGGUGCGCCCCCAGCGGCCAGCACCAGUGGCGCGCCGGCUGCGCCGGCGGCUGCACCUGCUCCCGCGACGCCCGCGCCGGCUGCACCUGUGGCGCCCGCGCCGGCUGCGCCUGUGGCGCCCGCGCCAGCUGCGCCGUUGGUGCCCGCGGUGGCUGCGCCGGCGGCUGCUGAGGGCAUCGCGGCGGCGCCAGCCAAGGAGGAGCCUGGAAACCCCUUCCUCUAAGCGUACAGCAUGGGGCAGCGUUGGUGGUGUGUGGAGGGUGCUUUGCAGGUUGGGGUACUGUAGGUGGGGGAGGGGUUUGAGUUGGAAUGCCCAAUGGCAUGUGCAAGUCCUGCCGGCAGCGGGCCGCCAGGCAGAGUGGCAGACUGAAGAAUAGGACUGCACUAGCUGUUCAAGCAAGAGUAUUUGAGCAUUGAGUCAGAAGGCGCAGCUCGCCUGGGGAAGCCCCUGCUGUGUCAGGUGCUGAUCAGACAUGUUUACGAAUUGGCGAGUGGACGAGUGGAUCUGAGAGAUUGAGGAUACAGUGCGAAUCCGAGAGCUCCGAUGGCUUGUCAUGUGGCAACGCACGGCAGCGAAGGGUGGCAUUCGUGGCAACGUCAACAGGCACCGCACCGAAUGUGACCAGGGAUGACGUACAGCAGACGAGUCCCACGCUGGUUUGACACAGCUAGGCAGCGCACGAGGCUCCUGGCAUGAUUGGAAGGUGCAAUACGCGGCAGCACGAGACGCUUGGACUGGGAAGGUGGAGUGGCUGAUUACACUGCGGGAGGUGGCGCCUGCGCAUACCAUGUGCUCUUGACCAACAUAGCCACAUCCAGUAGCGACAUACAGUCGCCGACUGUAAGGCGGCGAAGGUCCCUGUAAUGGUAACAAGCGCCCA